CCCUCCCAUUCCUAUGACUCGGACUCAACUCGACUCGGACUUAAGUAACUCGGACCCUCUCUGUUUUUCUGUCGGAACAAACCCUAACCCUUCACAUACUACUAAUUACUAGCUCUCUUUCUCUCUAAAGCUAAAGCUAAAGCUAACCUGUUCAUGGAUCUUUAACCAUGGACAUAUCAAAUGCAUCAUCCACUGCCAACCUUCUUAAUAAUAAACCCACCACUCAACCAAACCUCCCUACGCCGGCAGCCGGAUCCAAUGGUUUCCUCAAGCGCCACCACCACCACCCACCAACACCACCCCUGCCACCAGCCGUUCCUGUUUCCUACAAAGAAUGCUUAAAGAACCACGCCGCAACCACAGGAGGUCACGCCCUAGAUGGCUGCGGCGAGUUCAUGCCUUCUUCCACCUCCUCCCUCAAUUGUGCAGCCUGCGGCUGCCACCGCAAUUUCCACCGUCGACGGGAACCCGAUGACCCACUUCAACCCUCACCCACAUCAGUACAACAUGUGAUCGAGUACCAGCCACACCACCGUCACCACCCACCGCCGCCGCCUCUCGGCGGCGGUGGUCACAGCAGCAGCCCUGAUUCAACAUCUCCACCGCCGAUUUCAUCCUCGUAUUACCCAUCAGCCCCUCACAUGCUUCUAGCCUUAAGCACCGGUGCAGCCUUGGCUGUUCGAGCGCCGGAGAUGAGUAUUCGGGGAAGGAAGAGAUUCAGGACGAAAUUUAGGCAGGAUCAGAAGGAGAAGAUGCAAGAAUUUGCUGAGAAAGUUGGAUGGAAGAUGCAGAAGAGAGAUGAAGAAAUGAUAUCAGAAUUCUGCAGAAAUGUUGGGGUUGAGAGGAAUGUUUUGAAGGUAUGGAUGCAUAACAAUAAGAACAAUUCCAUCAAUUCUUCUUCAGAUGGGAAGAAAGAAAAUGGUGGGAUUGACAUUCAUGAUCAUUAUCAUAAUGAUGAUCCACAACUUAUGAUAGCUGCUAAUAAUGGAUCUUCUUCUUCUUCUUGAAUCAAUCUAUCUAUUCUAUCUAAUUAAUUACUUUAUGUUUGUUGUUUAAUUAAUUAGUUGAUCAUCCAUGUUGGAAUUUGGAUAGAUCAAUAAACAUUAAUUAAUUAAUUAAUUAAUGUAGUUAGUCUAUUCUAAUUAGGAUUAAUUGAACUUCCUUGGUUCCUUUGACUACUACAUUUAGAAUAAUAGUAUUAAUUUAUGUUCAAUUUUACUACUUAAUUACUUAUUAGUUAGUGGCUAAAAUAGAAAUAAAAACAGUUGAUUUGAGUUUGGGAAUUAAUUGUCAAAUCAAAUAGUCUGUAACAGCUUCAAAUUUAUUGGUGGUUGUGCCUACCAUUAUUAUUAUUAUAUUA